UCCAUUUGCAAUAAAAUGGUUCACUAUCUUCAGUUGAGUUUGUAGAUUGUACGAUAAUUGAGUCUAUUCGCAUUCUAGUCAUAACCUGUAAAGUAACAACUAUAAAAUGUAACAAAAUUAAAUUUAUCUAUAUUAAAACAUUGCAAGUUAAUAUGUCAUAUAUAAUUAUUAAUUUUAAAGACGGAUUAUCAUAUUUGUAUUACGAUAUUCAUGAAUAUAAUCGUGAAAAAGAAACAUAAACGAGGUGCUAUAACCUAAUUUUAUUUGUUACUUAGCAUCAUGACUCUUACUCCGAAAGAUUUAACGAAAUUAUUGGAUAUCCUAGAGGAAGAAAAUUUGGAUACAAGUUUGGAAAAUCUUUGUAAUCAAUUACAUCAAGUAUUUCCAAAAGAAGUUCGAUUUAAAGUAGGAAUGACAUUAGUUCUCCUUCUACAACAUAUAGAUUUGUUGCCAAAAAAUGUUCAACGUAUAAUAGCAGUAGCAUUAUUAUUCGAUCUUUAUAGAGGAGAAACAUUGGCUUCAACACCUUUUGCACCUGUUUUUGUUCAGGUUUUAAAAUCACAAGAAGAUACAAAUAAUGGAGUACCAAAGACUAAUUUUUCAGGACAUAUACCAAUUUUAUCUCAAUGCGAGAAAAAUCUUUUGGUAAAUUUAUUGGGAUAUAACCAAAAAGAUAUUUUAAAGAAAACUCCAAGACAAAUUGUGGAUGAAUUAUAUUUUGUUUCUGUACCACCUGUUGAUUUAAGUAAUUUACAAGUACAAUUAGCAGAACAUCAUUCAGAAUUACCUUCUAUUGCUAAAUGUGGACACCCUGUAAUUUUACCUGAUAUGGACCAUUCAAAAGUAACAGAAAUUGAUAAAAAUGCAACAAAAAAUAUGACGGAAAUUUUAAUUGUUAAUGAUCCACCAUUAUGCAGUCAAAGUUAUCAACCUGAAUUUUUAAGAUUAGCACCUCCUCUUUAUCGUUCAGUUGACGAAUUACCAUGGUUUAAUGUCACAGAACCUUCUCAGUUUACAAUUGAAUAUGAUACUAAUAUGUGUGUUUCGAAUUGUGCUGGUGCAGAAGCUCGUAGAUUGAUGGGUAAAGCUUUUAAAAGUGUAUUGACAUUACAGCAACAACAACAUCUUGUUAACGAAUUGGAUAGAGAUCCAAAAUUGGUAUAUCACAUUGGCCUUACUCCAGGAAAAUUACCAGAUUUGGUGGAGAAUAAUCCUUUGAUUGCAAUUGAAGUUUUGUUAAAACUCAUGCAAUCAAGUCAGAUAACAGAAUAUUUUAGUGUUUUGGUAAAUAUGGAAAUGUCACUUCAUUCAAUGGAAGUUGUUAAUAGAUUGACCACUACUGUUGAUUUACCUACAGAAUUUGUUCAUUUAUAUAUCAGUAACUGUAUUUCUACUUGUGAAACUAUAAAAGAUCGUUAUAUGCAAAACCGUUUAGUACGUUUAGUUUGUGUUUUUUUGCAAUCCUUAAUUAGGAACAAAAUUAUAAAUGUCAAGGAACUUUUCAUUGAAGUGCAAGCCUUUUGUAUAGAAUUUAGUCGCAUUAGGGAAGCUGCAGCUCUUUUCCGUCUGCUUAAACAACUUGAAUCUGGUGAUAUUGGUGGAUUGAAUGCACCAACUGCUAACAAUAAAUUGGAUAUGUGUUAAUAUAAUUAACAUGUUUUUCAAAUAUCUGAUAGGAAAUUAAUAGACUAUUAAAAUUUUUAAAUAUUUUUUUGAUUAAUUAAAUUAUAAUGAACUAAGAUACAGUUUCUCAGUUUUUUGAAAGUGAUGAUUAUAAACUUAGUAAAGUUUUAUAUAUAAUUUUAAUAAUAUGAAUAAAUUAUUGGCUAAUUCAUUUA